AUUGACUUUUUUAUAUUUCAGUCCUAACGGCCCUCCAAGGGAAACGGUAACUAAAAUGUGGCGCGCGACAAAAAUGAGUUUGACACCCCUGCACUCGAGGAUAACCACGAUAUGAAACAAUCAUGAAGCUUGACAAUUAAUUUUUAAAAAAUAGAAUCCUUGCUAACUUUCAUACACUAAGGACAGUUUACCAAGAAUCGAGCAAACAUCUCUCCAGUGUUAAAUAAUUCUUUUCACAGACUAGUAUUUGGAGCACAUGGUCCCAUGUGACGUCAUGGCACUUUUCUCCAAUCAUUGCAUUUUCAUGCAAGAGCAGUUUCCAAAUGGCCUUUUUUUUUCGGUCGCCACACAAUUCCAAAACCUAAUCUUAGCGAGGAUCCAUUCGGAGCACUUGACUGAGCCUCCUAAUCACAGGACAUGUACACAUCGUUAACCACACAGAACCGCCCGGCUGCCUACUCCCUCUGUCUUUUGCAUACACAGUGCAAGCAAAAAAUCUCUGGGCAGUUGUUGGCUACGAAACACAGCACAGCUUCAUAGGCCCGAUGAAAUUUUCUGCAACAUGUAUGUGUGUGUGUGUGUGUGUACAGUACAUGCGCGACACCUUGGUGAUGAAUGGCAUUUCACUGCUAUGACAAAUUUAGUGAAUAAAGAACAAAACCAAAAUUGAUCGCCAGCGCGAACCGACUCCAGAUGUGUUCAUGAGAUAGUUUGGGUCAUUAGUGAGAAAAGAAAAUAGAGGCAAACGUGAGGGAGGCGAGAAAGCAGAAUGGGGCUGAGAGUUGGUUCUCUGCAAUGACCUACUUCCCACAUCUGUCAUCUCAUUUUGCCCGAUUUGCUGUGUUGCCGCAACGUAAAUACAAUUUGCAAGUUCCAUUCACGAGGAAACAGGUCAGUGUUUCCAUGCAUUUACACAUCGAAAACCACAUGGCCUUUUGCUCAUUUGCAGAAGUCAGAAACGUCGGGUUUGAUCCCGAUGUACGCUGCAGUUACCCUGAAAAAACUUUUGGCUGAGGUGUGCAUGCUGAUGACGUCUUAUUGUUUAUUUCCCAAUGAGCAUGUGAUCACCGCUUGAAGAAUGUGAUGGAAAAGGCGAUACUUCUUCCAUAUGUGAGAGCACACAACCAACGAUCCUACUCCUCGAGGAGACAGGACGUUUGAACCUGAAAGGAAUACGAAUGUGGUUCCUUGAUGUAGUCUGACUACAGCUGUGGAGAAGAUAAGAUAAGAUAAGAUAUCCUUUAUUUGUCCCACACUGUGGAUGUUAUUGACUCGGAGCGUGCAGGUGGGGCAUAAACCCGAUGUGACAUAAUAAACCUGCACAACCUAAAUUAUACCUCCUCCCUCUGGCUUUCCCUCAGGUUUCUGUUUAAUGAGGAGCAGGCAGGUUGAGGGGGGGAAAAAAACACCCACAGCUGGAGCAGGAGGAAUGGGAAGAAAAUGUGGUGUGAGAAAGUUUCCGACUCUUGGCCAUCCCUGAGGACUCUGAUGCGCCUUCUCUUUGCAUAACUUGUGGGUUGAAAACAGGCUGACAUUCAAAUGGAUUCCUACCAUGUUUUGGCUCAAGUGGGGCAAGGCUCCUUUGGUCGAGUUCAUAAAGGAAUGAAAAAAUUUACAGGCCAAGUGGUGGCUCUGAAGUUCAUGCCAAAGAUGGGACGCUCAAAUAAAGAGCUGCAAAGUUUAAAGAAGGAAAUUGAUAUCAUGAGUAACCUUCGACAUCCGAACAUUGUGAAACUUUUUGACAGCUUUGAAACCGAAACGGAGGUUGUUGUUGUGACCGAGUACGCCGAGGGUCAGUUGUUCCAGAUCAUUGAAUCCGAUGGUAGUUUACCGGAAAGUCAGGUGCGCGAGAUUGCUUGCCAACUGGUAUCCGCGCUGUAUUAUUUGCACUCUCGCCGUAUUCUUCAUCGCGACAUGAAACCGCAGAAUAUCCUCUUUGAUAAAAACGGCGUGGUGAAACUGUGCGACUUUGGGUUUGCUCGGGCGAUGAGCGUGUCCACCAUGGUGGUGACUUCUAUCAAGGGAACGCCCCUUUAUAUGUCCCCCGAGUUGGUGGCGGAGAAGCCUUAUGACCACACCGCUGACCUCUGGGCGCUAGGCUGCAUUCUUUAUGAAAUCCAUACGGGGAUGCCCCCGUUUUGUGCCGAUUCCAUCUUCCACUUGGGGCAGCUGAUCGUUACGGACCCCAUCCAGUGGCCCAACACGAUGAGCAGCACCUGCAAAAGUUUCCUGAAAGGUUUGUUAAUCAAAGACCCUCAGAAGCGGCUGUCAUGGCCCGAACUCCUGCAUCAUCCGUUUGUUGCUGAUGGUGUCGAAGUGAUUCCAGACGAAGAUAUUUUCAGUCCUCUGACAGCCACACUUGACCCAGACAUGCUGGCACGGAAACUGAAACAAAUGGCAGAAAAAACAUCACCGGACUCGGGAGAGAGCAGAAUAUUUCGAAAGAUUCGGGAGCAAAGAAACAAAAGUAACACAAAGAAAGUCAUCGACAGCGCUAAAGUAAACCAGGAAAAGAUGGAUGAACUGGAAUCUGAAGGAGAUUGUUUAGUGGCAGUAACGCCACUUAUGGACACGUCCCCUCCAGAUGAUUUCGACCCAGGAAAUUCCACCUUACCACCUCUAAGUUUUGAUAAAAACAAACAUACUGAGGCUACAUCAAGCCAUCCAGACAGGGGUCAGAUCACUCGUGACCAUGAACGGGAGUUCCCCUCGGUCGAGGUUGGGCCACGACUACGGCCAAGGACCCCCAAACGAUCCAAAACAGUUGACAGUGAGGAAUUCUGGGAGAAACUUGUUGUGGAGUCAGAUCCAAGCGCACAAAACGAAGAACCGUUAAACCACAGUACCAUUAUUUUGAAACUGAAAUGCGCCAUUUUAGUGUUUAAGCAACAGCUAAGUGGCGGUGUCAUAAAAGACACGUGGCACAUCGGCCAGCCGCUGAAGGUCCUGCGGAACCUGAUCCUGACCUCUGACCUCGCCAUGAGGAACCACAUCGGCGCGGAACUCGGAUUGCCACGUCUCCUCUUUGAUUUGGUUCGCGACUCUGUUGAAAACUUGCGUUUCAUCGAGCAGCCAUGGAGUCUACAAACACUUGGAGAAAUGAUUGCUGCGCUGUUGGUCUACUGGGACAAGAACGAUGAAUGGCUGAGAGAAGAAAAUAGACCCGAAGAGCUCAUCAAGACCUUCGUGACAAUUCUUCAUCAAGCAAACCUCCGUUCUUUAGCGCCUCUGGCGGCCUCUGUUUUGUCCCUUUUCGCUCGGCGUGAAGUUGCUGUCGCCGUCGACCCGGGCGUGCUCAGUUCCUUGCUGAAAGAGCACGCGGCGGGUUCACCUCAGCUCCAACUCCCACUCCCGUCGGGCAGGGGACUCUGCGACGGUCUGCUGUGUUUACUUCUGCACACUCUCUCUGAGCAUGGUCACGGGUUUUCAUGUUUGGACCCCGAUACGUUCUAUCAUCUUUGGAAACGCACUGGAGCCUCAUUAGUAUGGACAACACCAGACAUGGACUUCUGUUCGACAAAUGGAUUGUACUUUCUCAUGUCUGCCACCCUGUUGGUCUUCUGCAAUGAUCCAUAUUCGUAUAUUUCACUCUUCUGUGAGAGCAAAUCAACAUUUGUUUAUACCCUUGGCUGGGUACUGAGCCCUGAAUGUCUUCCUUGGUUUGCCGAAGACAGUCCAGUGAAACUAGAAGAGGAUUUAAAGCACGAGAGCUUCGUCCAAUUAAGCUGCCACUUCCUUUGCCUUCCAUUUGCUUUGGACCUAACUUCACACAACACUUCUAGGAUAUUGCAGUUGUUUGAUAGCUGUGGUGUUGUUGGAGGGCUUCUGCAGGUGAUCCAAACGCUUCCUCUUUCAUUAGUGGAGCUGCCACUGUCGCUCCUGCGCCGCUUGUUGCUAUGUGACCGCCAGCGCACGGUUUCCCGCCUCAGUAAAGCUGCUCAUGGCUUUUUCUCUACACCGGCACUUACUCCAUCGCGUCAGCAGACCCCGAACAGAACUGCCAGUUCUUUGCUCUCUGAUUUGCUGAAUCUGGAUGAGCUAGGGGACUCCGCCGUAGAACUCCUCUCUCUGUUGUACCUCGUCACCUGUUUUUGCUCUAACUCUGACCACCUUCAGCUUUACCUUGAAUCAUCCGCGCUGCACCAGGCGCUCACUCACUCUUAUGAACCGAUCAAGGCCGCCGCAUGCAAGGUUUUGGGAAAGUUGCAUCCAUUCAAGUCUCCCAAAAUGCCCAGUUUACAUCCUGACAUAUUUAAAAGCAUGAUCGACCUUCUUGAGGAUUCUAAUGUGUUUGUGCGGCAGGCAGCUUGCUUGUCAGUUGGGAAAUGGUUGGGUUAUUUGGCGGUAGAGGCAGGGUUUCACACAGCCGGGCCCAAUGGAAAUGUCAGCAACACGAUGGAGUGGUUCAAAGCCGAGGACAAUAAUGCACACAAGGGUUCAAGUAGGGAGACGGGCAUUGCCAAGAUGACAGCAGAGAGCUUAUUGGCUCAUGGCGAGAUGAGAAGGUGGCGAGAAGAAGCCAGGAUGACGGGAGUUACAUUGGCAACACUGACCUCUGACCCCGAUGCCCACACUCGUCUCCACGCUUGUGCAGCUCUGGGAAACCUGCUACAUGUUCAAGGCGCCGUACCCGAGUUGCUGGAAGAAAGCGUGUCCAGACUACUACUGAGAGCUGCAUGCACAGACUCCCACAAGGCAGUGAGAGAAGCCGCUAUUGCAACUUUAAGUUUGUAUACGCAGCAGGAUGAAAUGCUACAGGUUCUGCUGUCCCUAAAUGCUGAAAAGGAACUACUUCAGGCGUCACAAAAUGCACCUUCCGAGUGUGACUAUCUUCCUCUUAUCAGACAACUAAAAGGCAAUUGAGAGAACUACUGUUAAAACCAAGAAUGUAUAUACAGGUAUUAGAUUAGAGCCGUCUGCAAAAGCAUGCCUGCUUUUAACCAAAUGGCAUUGUAAAGAUAUGUGCAAAUAAAACAUGACAUACUGGCGUGGCUGAAUUU